ACGGCCACCAAAUCUAAAAAGCUUAAACGUUUUCUAGCACUUUCCUUUCAAGUCCGUACCUUCCGCUUCCGGUGUCGCUUCACCAACCUCCCGAUCCUGCGUUCUCGGAGGGAGGCGACGACCACCUCGCGCGCGAUCAUCCACGUUCUCGUCUUCGUCCCGUCUCGUGGUCCUCUAGCGUCGGCUUUCUCGGAGGCCGGAAAGUUCUCGGACACCACCUUCGUGUGGCCCGUGUGUCUUGUCUUGGAAGCCGACAAUUUCCUCGUGUUGUUGUUGUUGUUGCGUAGCAGAAGCCGUCCUUCACUCCAAGGAAGCUGCUGGUUUAGAGGAGAGCUUUCGGAGAGGUUGCUUUGGUUGGAGAUUUUCGUCACGAAGCUCGAGCUUCAUUCACAGAGAGAGGGAGGGAGGGAGGGAGGAAGGAGGGAGGGAGGGAGAGGGAGUUUCAGAUGGCUAUGCUUGGGGGAGCGCAAUGGAGAGGUCGGAGGUCGGUUCCCAUGAUCUUGGCCAACCUCAUGUUCGUUCUUUUGCUUGCUUCCGCUGAACGGGGCUUGAAGUUGAAGCACGAGCCUGCAGGGGUCGAUGAAACAGGCGAAACUCUUUCGGAUUUCCUCUCCAGAGCAGUGAAUUUCUUGUGGCAAUCUGAUGGAGCGGGUUAUCAGCAUGUUUGGCCGGACAUGGAACUCGGUUGGCAAAUUGUUGUUGGUAGCAUUGUUGGCUUCCUCGGAGCGGCCUUUGGGAGUGUAGGUGGUGUGGGUGGUGGUGGCAUCUUUGUUCCCAUGCUUACUCUGAUCAUAGGCUUUGAUCCCAAGUCAGCUACUGCUAUGUCAAAAUGUAUGAUCAUGGGUGCUGCAGGAUCAACUGUUUACUAUAAUCUCAAACUCCGGCAUCCUACAAUAGAUAUGCCUAUAAUUGACUAUGACCUAGCGCUGCUCAUCCAACCAAUGCUCAUGCUUGGAAUCAGUUUAGGAGUUGCCUUCAAUGUGAUAUUUGCUGACUGGAUGGUCACAGUUUUAUUAAUUAUUCUCUUCAUGGGCACUUCCACUAAGGCAUUCUUAAAAGGAGUCGAGACGUGGAAAAAGGAAACCUUAUUGAAAAAGCAGGAAGCUGCGAGGAAUUUCAAUUCUGUCGGAAAUGGCAGCACAGAAGUGGAAUACAAGCCUCUUCCUGGUGGUCCAGGCAAUGGACCAGACCAAAGCACAAAAAAGACGGAGGUCACAAUCCUUGAGAACGUUUGCUGGAAGGAGCUUGGACUUCUUGUCUUCGUUUGGGCUGCGUUUCUUGUCUUGCAGAUCGCCAAGACUCAUACAGCUACUUGUUCUGUUGCAUACUGGGUAUUCAACUUGUUACAGAUUCCAGUUUCUGUUGGAGUAUCUCUUUACGAGGCGGUUAGCUUAUACAAGGGAAGGAGAGUAAUCGCUUCCAAGGGAGAUCAUGGUACUAAUUUGAAGGUGCACCAAUUGGCCCUAUAUUGUGCCUGCGGUGUCCUGGCUGGAGUAGUAGGAGGACUGCUCGGACUAGGUGGAGGAUUUAUAAUGGGCCCACUAUUUUUGGAACUGGGAGUUCCUCCUGAGGUCUCCAGUGCCACAGCAACCUUUGCAAUGACCUUUUCCUCGUCCAUGUCUGUUGUGGAAUACUAUCUUCUUAAACGUUUUCCUGUGCCUUAUGCACUCUAUUUUGUUAUGGUUGCCACAUUUGCUGCUCUGGUAGGACAACAUAUUGUGCGAAAGCUUAUUUUUGUUCUCGGAAGGGCUUCCCUUAUCAUCUUCAUCUUAGCCUUUACAAUUUUCGUCAGCGCCAUCUCGCUAGGUGGAGUUGGUGUUAUCGACAUGAUAGGAAAGAUUCAACGGCAUGAAUACAUGGGAUUCGAUAACCUUUGCAAGUAUGACUCGUAGUGUCUGAUUCAUUUUGCCAGCAUUUUCUCAUCCCUGGUCUGUGCACUGGGCGUAGAGCAUUCUGCGCGGAACUUAAAUGUGCCUUUUGCUUGGUGCGAAUUCUGACCUUUGCAGAUGGUGACAUUUGAGUCGUUUAACUUAAUCUACUUGAACUUUGUUUGUGAUGCAUCGAUUUGAUUCAUACCACUUUUGUCAUUUGUUGUAAGCAAAUUCUCUAUGAAUCAGAGAGUCAAUGAAAAGAACAACUUGAAUUGA